UGAAUAGACCAGUUGGGAGAAAACAAACAAGCUGGAAUUGCUUGUUCUCUCUUGCUGGAGCUUGACAUGAAGUCUGAUUUCUCAGGCCCUUGGAGGAAGACAUUGAAAGUUACCUUUUUACUAAAAUUGCGUAUUUGGGAAGAGGCAGAAGACGACAUUCGGAGACAUGUUUGGAUCAUUAGUUCGGGGAAAAACUAAAAGAAUUCGGCAAUGGCAAAGAAAGGAUUAAAUACACUAUAAGCUUUUCCAAAAUCGACUUUGCAUAUCAUAUUUGCAUAUCAAGCACAUCUGCAAAAUAAACAACAACAUGUGGACAUCUUAUACAAAAGGAAAUUUGUCUCAGAAGCCUUUGUAUAUGAAGCAAAAAGGACAUUGGCCUGUAUCACAUAUGAAAGUAAAUGAAGAAACAGACCUGCAUGUGAAGAUGCACUUAAAGCAACACAUGUAUUUCCGUUUUGCUAAAAGAUUGAAUCAUGCAUCAGAGAAUAAAAGUCAACGACACUUGAGAAAUUCAGAAACAUUUAUUAUAAAGUCUGAGGCAAAUAUUACAGAUGAAGCCAAAUAUCCCAACUCAACAUUCAGCAUCUGUCCAGAUAAAUCUCUGGAAAAGGCAGAACCUGCUAAAUUGAUGGAAAAGAAAAUAAUUUCCCGGCAAAAGAAAGGAGAAAUUGAGAGGUUAAUAUAUACAAAGGGAUGGCUGCUCCAGACACAAACAAGUGGAGAAAUCCUUCAUUCAGAAGAGACUGAGACAAUUGAUGAGAAGAAAAUCAAUAGAAGGACAACAGAUUUGUAUAAAAGUGUGUUAUCAGCUUCUCUGGGGUUAUCAGAUGCCAGUGUCACAGAAGAUAAGGAACCAGAUAGAGCUGUUCAAAAUGGAGCUUCCUCUUUAACUCUACCUUAUCUGAAAACCCAGAUGGAAGAAAUAGAAUUGUCCAGUGCUCUUUUGCUGCAAAACCAGGGAACAAGUAAUGAUACAAGAUGUUAUCAUUACAGCCUUCCAGAUGGUGACACAAACAAGGCUGUAAUUAGAGGACAAAUCAAUUUGCCAUGUCUAUCCAAAAAGAAAAUCUUCAUGGUCUAUAUCUGUGGAGACUAUCAAGAUUCAGAAGUAGAACGAAAUGCACUGAUGGAGAAGUCCUUUCCUUGGCUAUACAAGUAUUGUAAAGAGAGAGGUUAUGACUUCCGAAUGGUGGACCUGAGAUGGGGGAUAAAAGAUGGCAUCACUAAUGACCACAGCAUGGCUUCGCUGCAUUUGAAGACUUUAAGAAAAUGCCAACAGUUGGGAUUUCAAACUUUCAUUAUAUUUAUUGGGCAAAAGCAUAAUGACCUAUCCCUGCCAGAUAUAAUAACUAAGGAAAACUUUGAGGCAAUUCGAGCUGCAGUUGAGCAGGUGAAGCGAAGCACCAAAAAGGCAAAGCAUAAUUUGUCCAGUGGUUUUAAGGAAGAAACCGGGGGAGCCAAACAAAAUGAAAGUCAAGAUGAUGGGAGUCAAGAUGUCUUGGGCUCUGAUGUAUCAACAGAAGAAUCUGACGCUGAAACAAGUAGUAAGGAAGAAUACGAGUUGGCUCAUUCAAAGGGGCAGAGGUUUCUUAAUGCUCCUCUCACCCAAAAGACGGUUGUUGAAUAUGAUCGAGAACUUCAGCUUCUGAAUAAAUGGUACAAGAUGGAUGAAAACUGCAUCCCAGCAGUUUACAAACUUCAGCCAAUUUGCACAGUGUACAGAGAUAUCUUUAGCAAAGAUCCCAGUCGCAGGCACCAAGUUAAGAACAAAUGGCUGAUGUCAUUUCAAAAACUACAUAAGAUCUUUCAAGAAUAUGCUUCUGUUGCUCUUGGCCAAGAAACUGCCACCAUCUUGCUCAAACCAGUUUUGCAUCAAGAAGUGGAUCACGGAUUCCAAGUCCAUGGACCUCGUGAGGAUCACUGUCACUGCUUCAAGAGAAACAUAAGUGAGCUGCAGAACAAUCUAUCAAACCCGCAAGCGUCCAAAUAUAUUGACAUCCAUCCCUUGCGACCGGAAAUCAACACAGCAAUGCAUGAAGCCCAUCAGGAUUUUGUGAAAAGCAUUCACUCCAGGCUGCGUCACACAAAUAUCUACAACAAGAAUAUUAACUGGGGAAGAGAUGGAAUCAGCCCCACCCACAACAGAUCUCAUGCAUAUUACUUGGACUGUCUUUGCAGUGACUUUCAAAAGAUUGUUGUCAACCACUUCAACAGAAUGAUAAGUUCAAAGGAUGUUCCAGACAGACUACAUCAAAGAAGAAAUCAAGCAUUCAAAAAACAUAAUGAUGAAGAGAUUCUGGAGCAUGUGCAACACGGACAGGCCUUGGUUAAACGUCUCAUAGGAAGAGAAAUUAUUUUGAAUGAGCUGAAGAAUCAAUUUACACCUUUAAACAGAAGGCUGGUUGUACUUUGUGGAGAGACUGGAUGCGGGAAAAGUGCCAUCAUAGCAAAGGCGGCUUCUUUGGCUUCUCUUUGGAUCUCUAGGAAUCUCACAGUUAUAAUUCGAUUUAUUGGUGCCACGGGUGAAAGCAGAAAUAUCCGACUGCUGCUCUUGGGUCUUUGCUGCCAGAUAGCUGAUAUUUACAGUACCUCCAUUAAUUUAUCCCAGGAUUUUAAAGGCUUGGUGGAAGAGUUUGUGUCCUUGCUGGAAUUUGCUACACAAGAUAAGCCACUUUUAAUAUGCCUGGAUGGUCUGGAUGAAUUAACAGAGGAAUAUGACGCAGACCUUUCUUGGAUACCUGCGGAAUUACCAAAGAACGUGUAUUUUAUUGCUUCCACGUGUACAACUGGAUCAGCUUCUCUAUGCUUAAAAAAACUGGAGAAAAUAACCAUAAUGGAGAAUAUUCUACAAAUAUCACCUUUAACAUCUCAAGAAAUCAAUGAGAUUAUCAAUUCUUGGUUAGAAAAAGAUCACCGAAGACUCUCCAAAGAUCAGUAUGAUCUCUUAAUGGAGUCGUGUACAGCCUGCCCGCUACCACUUUACACACACUGUGCUUACGAGGAAUCUUGUUUAUGGACAUCUUUCAGCCCAGAGACAGAUGUGUAUCUUCCGCAAAACAUACCUGAAAUGUAUUCUCGGAUCCUUGGCAGAAUGGAAAAAUCCCAUGGAGAACAGGUUGUGAAAAGGAUAGGAGCUUACGUGACACUUUCAAGAAAUGGCAUAACUCAGGAAGAGCUACUUGACCUGUUGUCCAAUGAUGAUGCAGUAAUGCAAGAAGUAACAAAAUUCCAGAAAGUUUCCAUUUUAGCUUUCCCUCUAGUAUUAUGGUUGAAGCUUUUGGAAGAUCUAGGAGAGCACCUAAGAGAACAAAGAACAGACAACACUUAUGUUUUUACUUGGGCUCAUACAUCUCUGAAACAUGUGUGCAUCGAGAGGUAUCUCAAAUCACAGGAGUCCCAGAUAUCAGUUCAUGAUACCUUUGCAAAUUACUAUUUGGGUAGAACUUCACAUGAAGUCAACAAACUGUAUACAUCUCAGCCUCUGGCCUGGGUCUUGGAAAAAGAAGCUAAGAUCAACUACUUCUUUAAUAUCCGUAAGCUCUUUGGAACUCCAUAUCACCUUAUCAAAUCAAAGAAUGUUAUUGUUCUAAUCAGAGAGUGCCUAUUCAAUUAUGAGUUCCUCUUGCACAAAUCCUGGGCAUCAUCUGUAGUUAGCGUUGAAGAGGAUCUCAAAGCAGCUAUCAGUGCAGACAGGACUAUACCUGACUUAACUUUGUUAAGUGAAGUUCUCAGGUUAUCCAAGAACGUUUUACUGCAAGACCCAUGUCAGAUGGCAUCUCAGUUGAUAGGUCGUCUUCAUCAGAUUGCGGCAGCAGAUAAGCCAGUGGCUCCAGGGGAUCCCAAAAAAUACCUCUAUCUGCCAGCUCUUUUGUCCCAGUGUGAGAAAUCUUCCAUUCCUGUUCUUGUUCCUUCAACAACUUGCCUUAUAGCUCCUGGUGGACUACCAUGUGACUUUCUGAAAGGUCAUUUGGACAGAAUUACAGCCAUUGGACAGACCCAGGAGGAACACAUUGUUGCAACAGUUUCCAAUGAUGGCACUUUGAAACUGUGGGACCUGAGAGUUGGUAAAGCCAUCUUCACUCUGCAUGCAAUUGGGAAGAAUAUCAGCGCUAUUGCUGUAUGUUUGGAGAACAGGUUGGUGGCUGUGUCUGACAAGACCAGCCUAAAAAUCUGGGACCUUUCCUUGGAAAAAGUGAUAUAUGCGGCUGGAGAGUUUUUGGAUACUCCUAUACUAACUUCUGCAAUGAACGGACAACUCUUGCUGGUUUUUUUUAAUGGCAACCACAUGGUUCAGGUUUUUGAUCUCGCUCGCUCGUGCCAAUUGCUCCAUGAAGCAACCCUUUCUACUGAAGAAGUGCCCAUCCACAAGGACCGUUCUAUACUUGUAUCAAAGAAUUCAGUGAAAGAUUAUGUUUUGUGUGUCUAUAGAAGUGGAAGUGAAGCAAUGGUCUUUAGUGGCAAGGCAGGAAAAGUAGUUGCGAAACUGAAAAGCCAAGAACCAAUAGCAGCUGCUGAGGAUGUGGCUGUAACCAAGGAAUAUUUUCUGGUGAUUUUCAGAUGUCCCUUCAUGAGACAACGUGAGAUUGUGCAUAUCGAACUCUACCAUGUCCACAACUUUUCCUAUGCUCACAGUCUGAAAGGAUGCUGCCAUGAUUAUAUUCAUACUUUUGCUGUAAACCAUUUGGGGUCUCACCUGGUGGCAUUCAGUCCCAUACCAAACACUAAUUCCACUGAGAUAGUGUCAUGGAAUCUAGAGUCUGAAGAUCACAAACAUUUGGCUAAAUUUCCUUCAGUCCCAAUUGAUGGUGUAUGCACUGAUCUUCGAUACUGCUUAGCAUUCUGUGAUGGAGAUAACUACCUUCGAUCCUGGAACUUGGCUUCCAAGAUCAAUGACCAGUCUUUGACUGUCACUGCAAGCAAAGCAAAGCAAACAAAUGGUAUUCAGAAUAUUGUGACAUCAGAGAACUAUCCCAGAUAUGCUGUCUGUCGAAAUACAAGGAGCCCAGGAGUCAUAACAGUUUGGAACAUUGUGAAAUCAAAGUGUAAACACAAUGCUGUGAGAGUGGAACGAGGACUGGUCGAAAACACGGAUGUAGUGCUGGUUAAAGACAUGAAACUAUAUGUUCUGACAGACAAAGGAAUUGCUCCCUUUGGGGAUCCUCCCAGGCCCAUUUUCCAGACCCUUUUAAUUUAUGAUCUUCUGAAAAAGAAGUACCUAAAGAAACAGACUGGUCUUUACAUAAUUCCCUGUCCAUAUAAUGAGUACAGGAUUCUUGAAGGAGGCCUUCUACUUGGUCUCUCAGAGAACAGAGACCAUUUUAUCACAUGGAAUUUGGAAACAGGAUUGAUUACGAAUCGGAUAAGGCCUCAAUACCAAAACAACUUUGCCUUGCAAGCUCCUCAUCCCAACCAUUCCUUGCCCAGGGAAAAUGCAAAACCAAACAAAGGAGGAUUGUGUAAAGAAAUAACAGCAUUAUGGCAUCCUUGGGAAAGGCGAAAUGAAACAAGGACUGCACAGAAAAGGAGGAGGGAGAAGGCAGGAAAACUGGAGGUGGAAAUGUUACAACAACUAGCCAAGGAGAAGAGUAAUGCUAUUGAUCAGUACCUCCUGAGUGGAGAUGAAAAGGUAGCAGUGUGCUCCUAUUAUGCACAUCACCUGUCUGUGUUCAGCCUGGAAACGAUGUGCCAUGUCCGCACUCUUGAGAGCAGAGAAUCUAUGCUGUUCUUACACAAUGCAGCCUUGACCUUUGACGGCCAUUACCUAGUGCUCUCUAAUUAUAGCGAGGAGGAGAAAAUCAGCUAUGUAACCCUAUGGAAUUUAGCCACAGGAAAGGUCAGGAAAAGAUUAAAAAAUGAGCCAAAUGUUUGCUGUACAGCCAUAACUGAUGAUGGUAGCAGAAUAAUUUUUGGUGUGAUGUUGGAAAACAAGAUAAAGCUUUGGGAUCCAUUUAAACACAGACACAAGUUAUUUCAAGGUUAUGAAGGCCUUCAUCUGAAUGUGAACAGCAAAUUACAGAUAUUAGAUAACGCAAAAGCUGUCCUCCUUGCAGGUGAGGUCAGUCUAUGGGACUUGGAGCGUGGCACAGUUAUAUCCAUCUUCACACCAGAUAGCAACAUCUCUUGUCUGACUCUUGCCUUGGAUAGAAAAGCAAUUCUUUUAGGCUUGACUGAUAGCACUACUCUUAUCACCUUGAAAAUGCUGAGCCUCAACACUGCUGCAAGUUUGACAGGAACAGAUUUGUUUGGAGAAGAAUCGUCAAGCAGUGAAGAGGAGUCUGAAGUCAUGUAAAAAAACCUUUUCAGCAAAAUAAGAAGCUAAGCAUAAGCAAAUUAAAUCGUCUUACAUAUUA